UUUCAGUACGAUGAAGCUAAAGCUAAAGUUGUAGCUGAAGCUGAAGCUGGAUCUGAGUACUAUAUUUGUGUGUUAUAUGUGAUGGCUUCCCCAUCACCAGAACCGUGCAAGACAUCUAUCCAUCUUGUGGAAGGCUUUUUUCAUAUGAUAUAUAAAUUUAUAUCGCCUUCGCGACUUAGUUGCGCUGGAUUUCGUGCAGCAGCACAACAGAAUUAUUUUUCUGAGGUGUUUUGAUCGAGAUUUCAGUGUAGAUUGGUCAAUUGUCGCGUAAAGACGGGCUUCUAUCGAUCGCGCAAUUUAUUUUCAUUUAUUUCUCGUUUUUGUUUUUGUCUUAUUCUAUAUCAAAGAAUAAAUCUCAUUUGUAAUAAAUCUAAGGGCUUUUUUAAAGAAGGACCAUCUCAUCGUCGUCGUCGUGUAGUACAAAGUUUAUUAACUUGUGACGCGACAUUAUUGUAUUUAUAGACCAUUAUCAAAAAUAGAUUUACAUUGCUCACAGUCAUCGUGCGUCGUGUCUUCGUCGUCGUAGGAAUCUUCCAAGAAAUUUCGGUUCUCUUAAGAUAUUUUCCUUUGAAAAUAAUUAUAACCAUACAACCGCUACCGCACUGAUCAUCACAGUUUUUGUGUUCCGUGAUGCGAUUUACACUCUUGAUUUUGAUUUUGAUUUUGAAUUGAAGUGUAUACGAGUUUGUGGUGGAAGAAAUAGUGGAUGUGAUUGCUUGUGUUUUGAUUGGGUUUUUUCUUUUUUGCAUUUUCAAAAAGUAUAAGAAAAUAUUCGGAUUGUAUACAGAACAUAUGUAUAUUUUUAGUGACAUGAAUUUAUUAUUUUUUAAUGUUUUUGGCGCUUAACGAUAUGAAUGUGAAUAAAACGAAAACAAUUAAAUAAAAUGAUAUUUGAGAGGAUCAAUUGUUAGAGAAAGCACAUUUGUGACAAGGGUAUCAUUUUUAUCGUCGUUUAUAAAAGUGAAUCAAUCAGUAAAUACCAAUAAUUGAAAAGCGAAGCAUUUUGGAUUACGUCGCCUGAGCAGUUUUUGUCCAGAAAGGAAGGAACGAACAAUCGGUCUUUUGAACAGUAUAAGAAAAAAAAGAGAAAUAUUUGUCGGCCAGACAGCGUAGUUUACAAUGAAGUCAACGACUUGUCAUAAGCAGACGACGACGACAUCAUUGACGUCGGCAACGUUUACAGCGUCUGAUGCCGCAGGCCAUCAUCGCCACCAUAGUCAAUACCGGAACAACAGUAUUAGCUGUAGGGGCAGCAGUAGUAUAAGUAGCAGCAAUAGCAAUAACAUAAAAAUCAAGCCCAGUGAUGCGAAUAAUAAUGACAAUAGCUCAAUGAUGACGACCACAGCGACGUCGUCAACGACGACAUCGAUAACGACAGCCAAGCUGCCAAUCAUCAACAGCACUCCUACUCGCAGUAGCAAAAACAGCGAAAAAUACUCCUUGAGACAAAGACAGAAACGAUCCUUUGCUGUGCCUUCGUCUGCUGCCGCAGUGGCGGUCGUGUCAUCGGAGUUAAAGACUGCCUUAGCAUUGGAUGGAUCAACGAUGACGACAGCUAGCAAUCGUAGUAAUUUAAAUUCUACCACCAAACGCUCAAACACCUCAACGUCUGGUUCUAAGGAAAAAUCCAAGAGCAAAGCAGCACCGCUUAGCAAAUACCGACGAAAAACUGCUAAUGCUCGAGAACGAACGCGCAUGCGUGAAAUAAAUUCGGCAUUUGAAAACUUACGUCGUUGUGUACCGCAUACCAUAACCGGAGAUCAAACUGCUUCGCAAAAUGAAAAACUCACAAAAAUCACAACUCUGCGACUGGCAAUGAAGUACAUUCGAGUUUUGUCAGAAGCUUUGGAUAAUCCAUCAUUCCAGGAAGAUUUUCUUCUCGAUUGUCUCAACGAUGGUGACCACAGAUUUACCACUCCGAAUUGGGUGCAACCCCAAAUAGACGUCUCUAUUCCCAGUGAGGAAGAAGUUCUUCGAGCUCAGCCCACACCACCACCGCAAACUCGUCCCAAAACAAGGAAAACAAAACUACAAACGACCAAAGUCGCCAACAAGCGUCAGCGCACAAAGACGAAAGUCCAAGACACUCUAACGCCGUAUCUGACUUCUUCGUCCACAUUCUCGUCACCGUUCUCUUCGAGUUCCUCCUCAGCAUAUGCCUCAAUGUCUGCAUCGCCACUUUUCGAUGAUUGUCAUUCAAUGACUGAUUUGAGCAGUAUGAUAUUGGAAUCCGAUGGUGAAUCAUUGCAUCUUUCAGAGCCUUGUCUCAGUCCAAUGAAUAGAAACUAUAAUUUAGGAAUCCAUCCAUCGUUGGAUGGAAUGACUACAAGCCUAAUCAAGACCAUCCCAAUGACUUCAAUCGAGACCGAAAACCCCCUUGAAUUGAGUCUAAGACUCCUCGAACCAGAUGCUGAUUCUUUGGAAUUCUCAACCGAUCAACAACCUUCAUCGUGUAUUAGUCCAUUGGCAACACUUGAAUCAUUCAAUCCUUUUGGAGACUUACUUCAUGCCGAAUUUCCUGAGCAUUCUUCAUUAGACCUAUUUUUAACAUGACUUGUGCCGUCUUUAAGUCAUUUUGUUCGAAUAUUGUAGUUAAUUUAGAGUUUUAUUUUUAAUUUUAUUUAACAUUAGUGUAUUGUUUAUACUUUUAAUUUCAAGUUUUUAAUAAAUUUAUUAUUUGUUUUUUUCAUUUUUAUAGUAAAACAAAACAGAAAGACAUUAUUCUAUUUAAUUUAAAACACUAGAGUUUUUUUCUAAAAUUAAAAAUAAAAUAAAAAGUUUUAAGAAAACAAUCCCAUAAAUUCAUAUUGUGUCAUAUUGAUUUAAGUUAUUAUUUUAUAUUUUUUUGUACAUAAUUGUAAGGAUAAAUUUUUGAUAUACAUAAACGUUUGUUAUA